AUGGAUCCGACAAACAUCAUGUGCGACUUCUUCCACGGUGAUGCCGCCUCGCCACGCUAUCAAAGCAGCGCGAAGUCAACCUUCAUGCCUCUCUUGCAGACGUGGGUGAUGCCAGAGCGGCUUGAAAACAGCACCGCCACCUUUCUCGACGCCCUUCUGUACACCGACGACAGCGGCACAGCUGUGGCGCAGAUGUGGCUGCAAAUCGACCCAGACGAUUCUCAUGGGCUGGGCGGCGCACAGUUGCUCUCUUUUCUCGUAGCAGCGUGUCGGGCACCGCUGGCUUGUCCCAGCCAAGCCGAUGUCCCCAUUAUCAGCGGCGCGGCUGUGCUCGCUGAUGACGCGACAUCCGCCGUUCGUCAGUUUCACCUCGUGUACCCGUGCGUCAGCGGUACCAAUGCAUUGCUCCGUGAGGUAGUGCACAGCUGGGACGGGGCACGGCUCUCUGUGACCCGCAAGCGAGCACUCCUCCGUGUGACGGGCGCCACUGCUCCGUACACAGCGACUGCGGUGGUGAACGACGCUGCUACCGCAGGCGUGUUUAUACUGGAGUCGGGCGCAUACCACCGAGCUGAUGCCUUCCAUGUUCGAACCGACGCGGCUGCGCGUCAAGGGCUGGUUCCACCUGUCACUGUGCUGCAGAUGCGGGCGCCGCUCCCGCAGAGAGAGACGUACCGGAGUCUGCAGCACGGAUGCCUUACCGAGUCACUGGUAGGCUUCGUCGUGCACGAGACGCACCGACAGCGCUCUAUCUUCUCUCUUGCCGCCGUUCCCUCCGCCGGUGCGCAAGCGCUGUAUGGGGCGAUGGACACGGUGCUGGAGAUGAGCACUGCCGCCCUCCACGAUGCCGAUGCAGCGCUUGUCCCUUGCUGCGGUCUUGCUCAGCGUCUAGUGUACACCGACUGCGCCUUGACGCGCACCCUACUCCACGCCUCCCCUCUUCUGGAGGUCACACAGGUGGUGCUUAGAGCACAUGUGGAGGGGGCACUUUCUCGACCGACGUCUCUCUCGUCCUUGAGCAACGUGACAUGGCAGUUGUGCGGCUCGCAGCGCUACGAGGCCACCGUGAUUCGGCUGCAGCGGCCUCUAGAGGAGCGACUGAGUUGGGUCGUGGAGCCACUCCGCGCCGUCUCGUCGGACCUGCGGUGCGUAGAUAGCACCUUGAACCGUGCAGGGGCUAAAGCAACGGCGGCGCGGAGGAGUUCUGAUGCUGAUCCAAGAAGUCAGAUGCGGUGUGUCACGUGUGUCGCUGAGACGCACUUUUCGUCUUUCUCGCUCCACGGAGGCCGCUUCACUGGUGGCGUUAGUCGUCGCUGCUCUCUCACGCUCUCCGCUGACGCUGUUUGCUCUGUGUACCCGCACCAUCCGCGAAGGACGGGGGGAGCGCACGAAUCACGCAGCUGCCGCAGAACAUCCGCGGCGUGGUGGCAGCCACCCCCGCUGUGGCUGUCCCGUACUGCGUGCUUCAUCACGCAUUGCAGCCUUUUCGAGCUCUCUGCGCUGUACUGCCUCGUCCUCGUGGUCUGCUGUUUCGUUCUCCUGCGGCGGAGGGGCAGAGGGCGAGACGGUCUCGCUCGCAGGGAUUGCAUCGCCUGGUGA